AUGUACCUAGAUAAAGAUGCAGUCUUUGUAAAUUGGCAGAAUUUUCAAUGCUAAAUACUUGUUUAUAGUGAGGAUUUGCAGCCGAACAAGAUGAAAGUAAUACCCUAAAAUGGCUCAAGAAAGAAGAAAUCGAUAUUAAACCUUGACUAAGUGCAUCAAUGUGGUUAAAACUGA